AUGACUGGAAAGGACAAGGCACGCUACAAAGUGGAUGGCAACAUGACGGAUUCGAUUUUCUUGAACGCACCCAUGGCCGCCUUUGGUGACACAAUGGUCGCAGCGGUGCAGCCCAAGGCUCAGAAGUCACAAGACGGGGGGUCGCCGGUGAGACGGAAGAUGACAUCACGAGACCAAGCACCGGAGACACCAAACAGGCAAAGAGUACAGCAGGCUGCUCAAGUGGUGACGUCACGUCAUAUGACAGAAAAUACGGCAAGUCUAGAGGCCAAGCUUUUUCGCUCGAUGAUUGUGCAAACAAAACACACGUUCACCGCUAAUUCUAAAUACGAUGUCGUGUUGGAAAUGGCAAAAGCUGGGACCAGGCAGGCAACUCGUGAAGAUGUGGGACUGCCUGAACUCGAGGAAGAAAAAUAG